GAUUUGAGACCACUCAUAGAUGACGGAAUCACUGAAGAAGAUAGGCUUGACGAACGCAAUAAGCAAGCUAACCCAAACCAGGCGCACCAACUUCUUAGAAACAUAGCUCAAGCCUUCUGGGAUGUAGCAAUGGGCCUUCACGGUAAAACUGUGGUGCUAAUAUUUAUAAGCGAUCUCAAAACAUUGGAAGAUGCAAUUACUGCAGCAAGAAGGAUUGAGGCUAGCAAUUAUUAUCAAAAUAAAGAGGGAAAAGAAGAACUCACCACUGUACUCAUUGACUAG